CUGGGUAUUAUGAGCUAAAUACUUAAUUACUUUAAAACGUUGGAUAUCUCUUUGAAGAAAAAUAUGAAAAUCCCAUCAGAAGCAAGUGUGAAGCUCCCAUUCACCGUUAUGCACUGACAUCUAGGAUGGGUUUUUUAAAUAUGACGAUAUCGUUGGUGGUUAUGCUUUUGCUAUUCAGAUGUGCUUCAGUUCUUUCUGAAUCGGAAACAACGGAUACAUUGGCACCAUAUGAAACUACAGAUCAAUCAAAGACCACGGUUGAAGCUCCAUCAAAUUCUACAGUUACAAAACCUACAGAGACUACUGGUACAGUGGCAUCAAAUGAAACUACAGAUCAACCAAAGACCACGGUUGAAGCUACAUCAAAUUCUACAGUUACAAAACCUACAGAGACUACGGUCACAGUGGCAUCAACGUCAAGAGUCCAAUCAAAAACUACGGUUAGGCCUUCGUCAAAGUUUAUAUUUAAUAGGCGUAGAAAGACCACGACUUCAAAUCCCACAAAAUCUACGGAUGUUACACCAACAAAAACAAAUUCUACUACCGGAGUACCACCGACGACCACGGAUGCGGUGUCCUCAAACUCUACUCCGAGACGAGUUGUACCUGAAAACUCUUACUGCGUGGCAAAUCCGGGCAGAUGCGAGCAUGCAGUAAUGUACAGCAAAUGCUACAGAUGCAUAAUAAGCGAAAAUUGCAGUAUACAGUGCCAAAAAAGGUUCUCGUGUAGCAAAUGUGAGCUACCGAUCAUCGGUAAGUCAAGAGAGUCAUACCCGACCAACAUUAGCGAAAGGAACAAUGGACCCAAUACGGAAAGACCGAACAACAGAGGAAGAUUAACAAGAAUCGCAAUCAUUCGAAGGAACCGCAACAUUUGGAAUAGAUCAAUACAGAGAACUAUCCCCAUCUUAAGCUCAUACAAUUCUCCUAACAGAGGAGAAAAACUCAAAAGGGCUUCGCUAAUAUCGAUAAAUAUUAAAAAUUGCGAUGAAGACAUUUACAUUACCCGGGGCUGUUACAACGAUAGAUUUGGAAAUUGUCUCAGAAACUAUAUGAACGGAAUGUGUGAGUAUAAUGUCACAUAUUCCUGAAGAUAGUAUAAUUAUUGAAAAGAAAAAAAGAAAAAAAAUGACAAGCAUGAAGCUAUAUAAAAUUUGAUGAAAAUAUUUCAUUUAAAUCUACAUUCUCCUCUUCCGCUAAAACAUUAUAAACUAAAGCGAAGGAAUUGGUAAUAAACGAGGGAGAGAAUUAUGAUGAAGAUGAUAAAUAUAGAUUAAAAAAAAAUGUGUCAGUUUUACUAUAAAAAUUAUCAUAUUAUCUUAUGCCAUUUUCUAAGAAAAUUAAUGUAAUUUACUGAUAGAGGUUAUGUAUAAGUAUAAAGUACUAAAUACUGGUGAUUUACUUUUCUAUAGCAAUUUUAAUAUAGG